AUGGGAGUGUUUACAGUACAGAAUCUAGAGGCAAGUCAGAACAAAUCUGUUCCACCAAAGAAUUACAACACAGCUAAUCUGCCCCUGCUCCUUCUCAUCGAAUCAACAAGCUGUUCAACACUAAACACACACAAUCACUAUCCCAUUUUCCCAGCAGGUUCUCUAGUGUUUUUUGUGAAAUGUGUGUAUUACCUGCCUUAGUAAUUACAGUAUAUUUUUGUUUUUCAUAGAUAGGGAUUUUAUCAGAUUAACACUCUGCCAAAGACUAUUGUCCAGCCCAAGAACUACAUGUCAUUUAGUUUUUUGUUUUUAAGGGUCUUUGAGAUUAUCUGUAUAAUAUAUAAAAUAUACAAUUAUUAUUAUUACUCUUAGUUUUGUGAAUUCUAUGGGCCUUUUGCAAUCAAAAGGGUUUCUGGGUUCAACGACUGAGAAUACAAGAUUAGAAUGAUCUAACACAUUAGAUAGUGAAAACUAUGAAUUAAAUGCAAAUAAACAAGACAAAACCACAAAAUACAACCAGUAUUGAUUGCAAUUAGAUUUGAUCAUGUAUCUUGUGCAUCUCAGUUUUGUCCCUGUAUUUAGUUGAGCAAGUACCAAUGCAUGUACUGUAGAACUGUGUGGAAAUGAGGUUAAAAAAAAAACAACAACAACACCCCAGUGAAGUUUUCAGUAGUGGUGACCAAUCUGAUAAAGUCCCUGAGCCAUUCUUCCUGUGUUAUAAACACUCCCUGCUCUGAGACGGUAGUAUCACUGGGCAGAGCUCUGGAAGUGUGCUACCUGUACACCUGGUGUUUCAGUUAAUAUGUAAUCUAAGAGUCAGCUGGAAACAACAUGGUGUAGGUAGAAUAGUUUCACUCACAUAGAAACCUGGUACAUACAGUACAUUAAAUUACAUAUUAUGAUUCUCUGUCUCUACAUCUUAUUGAUUGUUUUUGUUCCAAGGUUCAUAUUCAUUCCUGUUCUCUCUUGCAACAGAGAUUAAAGGUUAAACAAGGCAACAGUAAACAUGUCGUCCCUCACGAAUAUCGCGUGACUAACACAUUUCAGUUAAUCACUAAAGCUCCCGCCUUCAGUGUAAUUUAGUAAAUACCGGAUCUCUAUGGCAAGACGCAUAAUUCACUCAAGUUUAAUCAAAAUCGGGCCAGUGCUGUCUGAGAUAUCACAUGUGACUAACGUACUAACGGAUGGCGACAGAUCAUGGGGGACAAUAAACAUAUUUUGUGGCCAAAUAGGGUGAAGGGUCAGAAAGCAAACUUAUGUAAACUGUACAAAAAUAUAAACGUAACAUGUGAAGUGUUGGUCCCAUGUUUCAUUAGCUUAAAUAAAAGUUCCCCAAAAUGUUCCAUACGCACGGUCCCCUGACAACCCCAGCAAAGGACAGGCCUUCAGGUGUAUUCGGCUGAACAGGUUGCAGAGGGAGGAUCCAGAGCUGCUACGGGCCUGCCAGGAGAGUGGGGUUCAGUACAAGGACCUUGGCCUGCCCAGGGGAGGUGUGCUGCAGGUAUGGAGAGAAGAACCAUGCUUUCACGGUGGCCAGUUUCUUUGGUGAUGAGGAUGUGACUAAGAAGGUGACCAGCGCUGUGGAGAGGGGGACAUCUGACUACCACUCCGGUUCCACCUCAGAUGAGGAUAGUGGUCUCAGGGAAACCCGUCCUCCCCUUUCCUUCCCCCAAAAUCAUCACACAUACCAGGUGAUCUACUCAGCUGCUCCUUUGUGGCGUCCUCCUGUGCCCACGCAGAAGAAGCCCGGUAAAGGAUAUAACGUCCCUCCAUGUCCUCCUCACUAUGGCUUCAGACAACAAGGCAGACCCACCCCUUCACAGACACAACGGCUGGGCUCUGCCUGGCCAGAGAGGGGGUCACGGGUACUGGGGUGGCACUCCAGGCCUGGCUUACUGUUAG